CGCCCGCGUUUCCUGCCGACGGACUGACUAACUUGUUUGUCUGUUAGCGCAGUGGCUGCCCAUGGGCGCUGCUGUUUACACGCUCCCCUCCGCCGGCUGGGCUGUCCGGUGCGCCUCUGCGGUCGGUUCGGGACGGUUAUCGGGCUCCGUUUUUAUGAAUGAAUAACGAGACAGGGAAAUGCCAGUGACUGCGAAACUCCCCAGCAGCCCGGCUCCCGGGGGGCCAGCCACCGAUGAGAGGGAUUAACGACGGAGCGGAGCCGCGGCUCAUUGCGGAAAAGCCGAGUCUGACUGCAGACUGGCGUGGAAACGCACCGCGAGGGAAACGGGCUCCAUAGCGUAGAGCAGCGGAACAAAACCGCGGUGACCACAAUGUCCAUCCACAUUGUGGCUCUGGGCAGCGAGUGCCCCGGAGGCGUCGGGCCCGGGGAGGAGAUCAUGGGCCAGGGGCAGCUGCAGGGAGGCCUGCUGUGGAGCUACCUGGGUCACGGGGCGCUGGUGGGACCCUGCGACCUGGAGAGCAGCCUGCACAACCCGGCUUUCAUGGAGUACACCUCACGCGUGUUCGGGGAUGUCACGGUAGUGGUUCGGGAUUGUCCCAGCUGGGACUUGUUGGACAGCGACUGGGCCAGCGUACGGAAAGUUCUUGAACAGGCGGACAUCCUGGUUAUUAAAUAUUCAGUCACUGACAAGCUGGCCUUCCAACAGGUCAGGAACGGCUACGCCCCGAGACUCCGCCCGCUUCUGAGGCACUGGGGUGUGCCUGUUAUCCUGGUCGCUGUUGGAGCUCGCCUGAACGAUGAAGGGCCUCCGUGUACGUGCCCGCUGUGUGCGUCUGACUGGAGCAGCUGUGUGCCUCACAGUGAAGGUCUGCAGCUGUCCCGGGACCUGGGGGCCACCUACCUGGAGCUGCCCUCUCUCAACCACGUCUUCGUGGGCCGCUACUUCGGCAGCGUGCUGGAGUACUUCAUGAUUCAGUGUCUGAAACACAAAGCCAAAGAGAGACCCGAGAAGAGGCGAGGAAACAAAGUGAACGAGCUUCGCCCCCCUCACUUAGAACAACCAGCACGCCUUCCCCCCAUCCGUGUAGAGGAGUCCAGCUUCUCCCAGGACAUGCAGUGGUUGUUGGAGCGCGGCGUGCAGUUCGCCGAUGUGGCUUUCUACGCCGGGGACUCUGGGAAAGAGCUGGGAUGGGCGCAUGCUGCUGUGCUUUGUGCUGUCAGCCCAUACUUCAGACAGCUGCUGCUGGGGCCCAAGACCAGGGAACGUCCCCAGUCACGGUGUGUUUGCAGAGAGCGGGAUGGAGGCCCACAUUCGCUGCUCUCCACCUGGGACGGGGGGAUAAUCGAUGACAUGCCACGAUCAGAGGGGCACCUGACAGGACGCCUGUCUCGUCUGGUGGUGAAGGACCCCCUCCUGUGUAUGUGCUUGUGGGAGACUCUCAUGUUCAUUUACAGAGGAGCGUGGGAGUGGGACCACCUCCAGGAGGCCCUGGAGGAGAAGCUGAAGAAUUCGCUAGCGGUGGCUCAGCUCAUGGAGCGCAUACGGUCCCUCAUCGGCAGAGACCGGGGUCCCAGGGACACCCCAAGUGCGCGGGCAGCUCAGCUCGGCCCCCAGACUCUUGUCAACCUCUUCAAUUCUCCUCUUUACUCUGAUGUCAUCUUUAUGGUGCAAGGGAGUGUAUUGCCAGCCCACCGGGCAGUGCUGGUGGCGCGCUGUGACGUCAUGGCGGCCAUGUUCAGCGGGAAGUAUGCAGAGGCCCGGAGCCGGGUGGUUCCCAUCCACGGCGUCUCCUCCGACACCUUCCUGUCUUUCCUGGAGUACCUCUACACUGACUCCUGCUGUCCUGCCAGCGUGCUGCAGGCCAUGGCUGUGCUGGUCUGCGCCGAGAUGUACCAGGUGAAACGUCUGCAGCAUCUGUGCGAGGUGUGCGUGUGCGCUUACCUUCAGAGCAUGCCCAGUAGAGAGCUGUCAUCGACAGGAAUCAGCGUGAUCCGACUCCUCCGCCGAGCAAAGUGCCACAAUGCAGAGCAGCUGUACGUCUGGCUCCUCCACUUUAUCGCCAACAACUACCUGAUCUUCAGCCACAAACCUGACUUCCUGGAGCUCUCAGAGGAGGAGCGUGAACAGGUGGAGAGGCUACGCUGGCCAUCCAGAGGCUACCUGCAGGAGCUCAGCGAGUACCAGCAGCGGCGACGCAAGCUACGCAAGUCCCGCUGCAUAGUCAUGUGACCCCACCUGGACGCCACCUGCGGAGAACAGGGUGGGGGGAGAUCAGAGGAGGGACACCAGGGAGAAAAGAAAGACAGGGUGAGGCUCGUCAUCAACGCUUGGAGAAACGGACAGGAGAAAUAGUUCUGUUUUCGGUUUGUCCUGCUGGAUGAAGGGCUGAUUCUGAAGGACACUGCUGCAGAGGAAACCGUCACAAGACUCCUUAACCAAUAGGACGCCGUGGUCGAGCAGUGACACACACACCUCUCUUCCCCCAGAGGAAAUGACUGUGCGUCCUUUGCAUAAUGGCGUUUCCAUCAUGGGCAAUACAACAUGACUGACGCUUAAAACCCAAUCUGAAUUUACAAUGACUGGCUGGCCAGAGGCUCAGCGACAGAUUAUAUUUCAAUUGUCGGACGCAAAAUGGUGGACUUCGAAGAUGAACGGUGACACAAACUGGCUCCAUUAGGAGAACGGAUAUAUCAAAUGACCACACAUCUGUUGAACCACAGACCGGGAUCACGCGCAGAGCUACAGUAACGGGUAACGUGACUUCAGGGUGAAAAAGCAGGGAGGAAUCUGUGCUGAGGUGUUCCCCUCGCUGCUCCACACCUCGAGAUGUCUUUGUAUCUCCUGUACGCUGGACGCGCUCCGUCUCAAAUUUAACUUGGCCCAUGAUGCUUCUCUGUCCUGUUGGAUCUGAAAAUCGUGAACGUCGUGUGCACACGCAGCAUCUCUUCAGCUGAAAUAACCCCGGAGCCUCUGGCUUCUCUGCGGCUCCGUCGGUAUUUCAGCCGAGCGUCACUUUCAUUCAGAAGCGGCUUGAGAUUAAAUCUAUGAAUCCAACUACAGAUAGCCUGUAUCAAAGUCAAGUGCUCUGUACACCAAAUCCAGAACAAUAAUCAAUGUAUUUUUACAUUUUCAUUUAAAGCCUGUGAGCUGGACUUUUUCACCAUUUCCUUUGCAGGUUAAUAUGAAAUAACGUUGAAUCUAUUUGUUAUUUGUUUGCAAUAAUGAAUAAUAAUGGUCUGUCUCUGUCUGUCACACAAAAGGGCAAAAGCCUUUUGUAGCAUUUACGUGUACAAGAAGAAGUGGUAUGAAGAUGAAGGAAAAACAACCAUAUCAUGAACAUGUUGGUACACUGAUAACCACAAUGCCUCUUGGUGAUACACAGUAUUUAUUUAAUCCAAUUUUUUAAUUUGAGAGGUUGGUUUUAAUCAUAAUGAGAAUAUGAUUUAUUGGUGCUGCAAUUAUUUUUGUAAACUAUACUGUAUGUGACAUGAUUAUGACAUUAUGAUAAUGAAGAGAUGACUAGGUUGCACUAUUUUACAGUCUACUGUUUCACUGGUGUUAACUGACAAGGUACAUGGUUAUAAAAAAAAAUAACAAAACUGGGGUAAACAGAACAACUCAACUUGUCAAACAGGCCUUUAACAAACUGAAACAAAAACAAAAUCAAUAGUGACAUUUUGCAGCUAUUUCUUAUUCAGUAUCAGUCAGUAACAAUCAACAAACAGCCUGUAACUGUAUUUGUAUCCGCUUCUCGCAGUACUUGAGCAGAGGCUGUGUAAAUAGCAGGAGAAAGCCACCGCUGUGAGGUUGUGACGGUGUCGGUAUAUUUAACCUGCUGCUGCACCACAACAUUCACAGUGUGUGUCCUCAGAUAACCCCCCCAGUCUACUCUUAGAAAGAAAGUCAGUAAAUAACAGUUGGAAAAACUGGACUGUGAAACAAAGCGUGCUCCAGUGCUGCAUCCACGCCCAGUGUGGAGACACAGGUGUUGUACAGGCUGUAGAUAACAUGACGUCUGACUUUAAAUAAAGACAUGUUUUAGAAUGAACAUACCGCAGACUGGACGGGCUGCUCUCUGCUCUGUCUGUACGUGUUGGUUUGAUGAUGCCGGUGGACGGUAUCUGUCUUUCAAACGGUGUCAGGUUAAGUGAUCACAGAGGGAUCAAUUGUAAAUUGACUUGGCUGGGAGACAUGACAGACUACAAGCUGGGCCUCGAAGGUGCCGGGGAGCGACUAACAGCAAUGAAUGUUUCUGUACGUGCUCUUGGUUUUCUGAAUGGGAGUGAAGCGACAUCUGUUUGCAGAGCCUGAAGUCACACCCACAGGUGUGAUUAAUGACCCUUUGUGUCAACACGCUGAAGCUGCCGAACGAGUAAGAGGAGUUUCCAGCUUCUUGUCUGCAGGUGGUGAGCUGUCCCACAUGCUGGCUGUGUCCUCUUCCAGUAUAACACUCUGAAAACAAGCAAUCGUCUCUCCUGAUGCUUUGGCCCUGACGGCGCCCGGGGUCAGGCCAUUAUCACAUCAUGUGGUCUCACUGUAACCUCUCACAAUCAUGUAUGUAUCUGGUGACUGCGAGGGCCACAGCACAUGAUUUUUCAUACUCAAACCAUUCAUUCAAAGCCUUCUUG